GGUGUAACUAGCGAGCUAACACUAGGCCAGUUAGAUGUAGCUAGCUAGCUUUAGAUAAUUGUCCGUGUGCGCAGCCGUAGCAUGAACGCUUUACACGCGAAUUUUGAGAGACAGCAAUAAAACUUAUUGCUGUCACUGUGUUUUAAAGUCGCACUACUGUUGUCGUCGACGUGUUCGGCUUAUUUGUUUUUCUCCCCUAGCUGUCUUGUGUUUUCUGUUAGCCUUCUGAGCUAGUCACAGUGUCGUAUGGGUAUCAGAGUUAGCAGUGACUUCGCCCGGCUGCUGGUUGCCUGAUCUUUCAUUUUGGACACGUCAAGGUUCCUCCAGUCUGUAGCUUAAGUUUAAGGGGUGUGAUGUCAGAAACCAAGACCCCCACUCCCACCCCUGCUGGAGACACAUACAAAGGAUGGGUGUUCAAGUGGACAAAUUACAUCAAGGGGUAUCAGCGGAGGUGGUUUGUACUGAGCAAUGGGCUGCUGUCAUACUACAGAACCCAGGCGGAGAUGGGUCACACAUGUCGAGGCACAAUCAACUUGGCCACAGCUACUAUCACUGUGGAUGAUGCCUGCAACUUUGUCAUCUCCAAUGGAGGGGCACAAACAUAUCACCUGAAGGCCAGCUGUGAGGUGGAACGUCAGAGAUGGAUCACUGCCCUGGAACUGGCUAAAGCCAAAGCGGUCCGCAUGCAGGCAGAGUCAGAUGACUCAGGCGAUGACUUCUCAUCAUCAUCCCCACGCAUUGCACAAGGUGGGGGGUCACAAAAUUCAGAAGUCCAGUCUGCUCUCAGAACCCUGGGCAACAAAGUGGAGGAUCUGAGCACCUGCAACGACCUGAUCUCAAAGCAUGGCUCUGCCCUCCAGAGGUCCUUAGCUGAACUGGAUGGUUUACGUCUGACUGGAGAGGCCGGGGAUAAGAUUCGUCAGGUGACAGAAAGAGCCACUCUGUUCCGCAUCACCUCUAACGCCAUGAUCAAUGCGUGCCGAGACUUCCUGGCGCUAGCUCAAGCUCACAGCAAGCGAUGGAAUAAGGCCCUGCAGGCUGAGCGGGAGCAGAGAGUGAGGCUGGAGGAGACUUUAGAGCAACUGGCCAAACAGCACAAUCACCUAGAGCGAGCAUUCAGGGGGGCUUCACAGGCUAAUGCUAGUCCAGACAAUAAAAGUGCAGCUGGGCCAGGGAAAGGUGAGGCCAGUGACGAGGAUGACGACAAUGAAUUCUUUGAUGCCAUGGAGGAGGCUCCGGAGUUUAUCACUGUACCUGCGGACCCCCAGUUCCACAAAAGGUCGAGCAGUAGUAUCAGCGGUUUCAACAGUGAAAUAUGUGCUGAUGACCAAUCGCUUAAUGAGGAGCCUCUUGUGAUGAACCAGGAGUCCCCCUCCCAGGAGUUAGUACCCUUGAAGAAGAGGCGGAAACGCAUCCCAGACAAACCAAACUACUCUCUCAACCUUUGGAGCAUCAUGAAAAACUGCAUCGGCAAAGAGCUGUCUAAGAUCCCGAUGCCUGUUAAUUUCAAUGAGCCCAUCUCCAUGCUGCAACGGUUAUCUGAGGACCUCGAGUACCACGAGUUGCUGGAUAAGGCUGCUAAGUGUCAGAACUCUUUGGAGCAGAUGUGCUACGUGGCUGCCUUCGCAGUUUCCGCAUACUCAACCACCGUCUACCGCACAGGAAAGCCCUUCAACCCUCUGCUGGGAGAAACAUAUGAGCUGGACCGAAAGAAAGAAAGUGGCUACCGCUCCCUCUGUGAGCAGGUGAGUCACCACCCGCCAGCAGCUGCACAUCAUGCCAUCUCCGAUCGUGGCUGGACCCUGAGGCAAGAAAUCACAGUUGCCAGCAAGUUCAGGGGCAAAUACCUCUCCAUUAUGCCUUUGGGCACAAUUCACGCAGUCUUUAAGAAGAGCAAUAAUCACUACACAUGGAAGAAAGUUACCACCACGGUGCACAACAUAAUCGUUGGAAAAUUAUGGAUCGAUCAGUCUGGCGAGAUAGACGUAGUAAACCACACCACUGGAGACCGCUGCCAUUUGAAGUUUGCUCCUUACAGCUACUUCUCCAGAGAUGUAGCCAGAAAGGUGACCGGUGUGGUGAUGGAUAAAGAUGGAAAGGCGCACUACGUGCUGUCGGGCACGUGGGACGAGAAGAUGGAGUUUUCCAGGGUGAUGCAGAGCAGCCGAGGAGGCGAGAACGGCACCGAGGGCAAACAGAAGACAGUCUAUCAGACACUUAAAGCCAGAGAGUUGUGGAGAAGAAACCCUUUACCUGAGGGAGCAGAAACCAUGUACUACUUUACUGCCUUGGCUUUAACCCUGAAUGAGCCAGAGGAGGGCGUGGCUCCCACCGACAGCCGACGCCGACCCGACCAACGUUUAAUGGAAGACGGUCGCUGGGACGAGGCCAAUGCGGAGAAGCAGCGGCUCGAGGAGAAGCAGCGCAGCGCGCGCCGUGAGAGGGAGAGGGAGGCUGCAAGUCAGCGCACCUCCAGCCAAUCAGAAGAAGCUGUGGAUGAGGACUCUGUUACUGAUCCCUCCCUGAAAAGUGCACCUCACGACAACUACAUGGCACUUUGGUUCGAGCGCUGCGAGGACCCAAUCACAGGUGAGCAGGUUCACAUCUAUAAGGGAGGCUACUGGGAAGCUAAGGAACGCGGAAGCUGGGAGGGUUGCCCCAACAUAUUUUGAUCGCAGCACUGAUUGCGAAAUGCCCUGAAGAGACUGAACAUCAAAGGCCUGCUGCUCCCCUUCUUGGACGGCUGCUUCCUUCCAGUGGCUCUCUGUUCUAAGAGAUCUCCAGGAUGGUCACUGCUCUCCACAGUGAGGGCAGGAUUUUCUCUCCCCCGGCUCAUAUUUGGUGUCCCCCUUGUUGCUGUCACAUAUCUGGGAGGACUGGAAUGAAAAAUUUCUUUGCGGUUUGGGUGCUUUUUGUCACGUGAGCACAAGUGGGAGGACGUGAAAUGAGCAGUGCUUCCAAAUAAAGUUUGUUCAUUCUUUCAGAUCAUGAGCUUUUCAUUUGAAGUGAUUUUGGGGUUUUCCUGUUGUCAUCCAUACCAUGUCUGGUAAUAACUUUUGGUAAUAAAUAAAAAAGGGGAUAAAACCUGAUUGUGAUUAAAAGUAUUUUUUAUUGAAAUGUCAACUGGUGGCCUUCAAGACUUUAGCAAGUUUUUUUUUUUUUGUUUUUUUUUUGUUAAUCUCUGAUUUAGUGUCUUAAUGUAAUGAGGUAAUGGUUGUAGUGUGCUCUUUUGUAUGAUUGCUUAUCUGCUCUUCCAUCACUUUACAACAGGGCCGCUGUGCGAUGCAGUGUGCUUUAAAAAAAAGAUUACCUUUCACACUCAUGUUUAUUUUGGGUAUGUUUCUUUACCAAGGCCUAAUGGGAAGAAUAGUGGUAAAAUUAUGGUGUGGUUACAAGCCCUAAAAACUUUGUCUUUGCCUUAGAAAGGAAGAACCUGCACUUACUUGCAUUUACAUCACAGUGUGGAUAAAAUAUUGGCAUUUACAGCUGAUUUCUUGUACAAACUUUGGAAAAGUAAUUCAGAAAUGGCAAAAGAAAAAGUUCCAGUGUUGAGAAAAUCUCACAUUCUAAUUUACUUCAAUAAUAAAUAAUUAAACUACCCUUUUUCACAAUGCUGGAAUAAUAUUUUGCCAUUUUUUUAGUCAAGUGGUAACCAAGUUGGCUGUUUAAAAAAAAAAUUUAAAAAAAAAUGUAAAAGUAGAAUACAAGUUUUUAAACGGUGUGGGAUGCUUGCUGUGCUUUUGUAUUGACUGUAAAACAGACAAAUGAGUGAAUGAAAUAAAUGUUCAUACAUAUGCAACUACAUUUUGACACCAAAAACACAGGAUAUAUGUAUGUGUGUGUGUGUGUGCAUUUCAUAAUUUUGUUUGUAAGUGUACUUAAAAAUGAAGAAUAAAGAAUUUAAAAUCA